AGCUGCAUGGAGCUCUAUCUACUCUAUUCAUUCCACUACAUCAGGGCAAGUGUCUCCAGCUCAGCUUUGCUGGUCUCCUAGACCAAAGACUGUCAUCAUCACUCCAGCCUACACCUAGCUUUUAUUUUCUCACUGCUCUCCACUAGGACACGGACGUUACCUCAACCCACCCACAGCCCCUAGGGUCCUCAGUAGUAGUACCUAACCCGGGAAAGCCUUCCCCACCACACUUCACCCUCCUCACACCUUUCUUGCACUCUUGCUGGGGCUGGUGACCUAGGUGCAGCAGCUGGGGUAGGGGUUCUCUUGCAGCUGCGUUGGAGUCCCCACAGGACCCUGCAGUGGCCCUCUCCCAAAAACUUCUUAGAUGUUCACCAGCCUUGCACUCACCCGGGGAGAACCUUUCUUUUCCCCACCCCUCAGCCAAAAGCAAGAGCCAGUCAGUAGGCAGGCACCAGAUACCGACAAGCUAUCCCCACUGGACGACUGCAGGACGGAGAAGGGAAACGCCCAGUCUCGCUGGGCGCAGGGACUCUGGUUGACCCACAAGCCAGCCGCCAGGUAGGGCGGGAUCCCCGAAGACAGCCUUGGGCAACAACCCUGCACCAGCCCAGGAGCCGCCACCUCCUAACUCCAGCCAGUGGCCAGUCCCUGGCGCUCACCCUGACCCCAACAGCAGAGUCCCGGUGCGGUUGGAAGCUCUAGCAUACCAGCGCGCUCUCCGCGGGUUCCCUUGGAGGAGGGCGCUCAGGGACCCGAAGAGCCACCUCCCGCCCGUCUGCCCUCCCCUCUGCUCGCCCGCCCACCCGGCCAGCGCCGCAUCGCGCCGCUCCGGAUUCCGGAUUCCAGGAGGGAAGUGCCGCGCUCCGUCCCCGGCAUCCUCAGUCCUGCCCCGCAAAGUGGAGAUGCGCGAGAAGCAGGCGAGGGCGCGCAGCUCCUGAGACGCCGCGCCAGCCGGCACCAUGCGCCUGCGGCCGCUGCCCCUCGUCGUAGUCCCGGGAUUGCUGCAGCUGCUAUUCUGUGAGAGUAAAGGAGUGGUACCUGCCACAGAUGGUUUGGAGUGGGAAGACAAGGAUACUCCGGGGACCCUGGUUGGAAACGUGGUGCCCUCAAGGAUCACCAGCCCUCUUCGCCUAUUUGUGAAGCAGUCUCGUGUGCCAACGCCAGGACCCCUGGCCUAUGCAGACAGCAUGGAAAACUUCUGGGAUUGGUUAGCCAACAUCACAGAGGUUCAGGAACCCCUGACAAGAACUAAAAGGCGACCAAUAGUAAAAACAGGAAAAUUUAAGAAAAUGUUUGGAUGGGGUGACUUUCAUUCCAACAUUAAAACUGUCAAACUCAACCUUCUCAUCACAGGGAAAAUUGUCGACCAUGGAAACGGAACCUUCAGUGUUUAUUUCCGACAUAAUUCAACCGGCCUAGGCAAUGUUUCCGUAAGCUUGGUACCUCCCUCUAAAGUAGUGGAAUUUGAAGUUUCACCACAGUCUACCUUGGAGACCAAGGAAUCCAAAUCUUUCAAUUGUCGCAUUGAGUAUGAAAAAACAGAUCGGGCAAAGAAGACGGCUCUGUGUAACUUUGACCCAUCCAAGAUCUGCUACCAGGAGCAAACUCAGAGCCACGUGUCCUGGUUAUGUUCCAAGCCCUUUAAGGUCAUCUGCAUUUACAUUGCCUUUUACAGUGUCGAUUAUAAACUUGUGCAAAAGGUUUGUCCUGACUACAACUAUCACAGCGAGACCCCAUACUUAUCUUCUGGAUGACUCUCCUCAGUGAUAAAUGAGGUACUCCUGUAUAUGUGAUUAGAAUGACCAACAAACAAGCCCAGCUCUUUUUGGUUCAGGAUCCUUUUGAUUUCUGGCAGAGACCUCUAGUUCCCUAUGCAGUUUUCAAAUUAAAAGCAAAACCACACUGCGAUGUGAAAUGUGUUUGUUUUGAUCAUCUAAGAAGUCAAGUUAGUUAUGAAACCAUCACUUUUGCAUAAGAUGGUACAAUUCUAGAAAUACCAUUUCUCUAGAAGAAACAUCAACAGUAUCCAUGUGUGAAAGAAGAAAAUGAAUUAUGCAUGUGAUAAAUAAUGCUCUAGAAAUGGGCCUACCUUUAAGAUGUUUUGGAAAGUUACCUUAAAAAGUGUAGAUUCAGUAAAGUAAUAAGAAUGAUUGUAUUUGAUAAAUGAAUUGUGUUUCUGACAUUGGAUCCCUUGUAAUUAUUAUCAUCUCUUCAUGUUUAUGCCAGUUUUAUAUGAGAGAUGAAAGGGUAAAAGGGUCUUUCAGCACUUGUGUGUGAAGUUAUUGUGCCACACAGUGCAGCCAAACGUAUUAUCAUCUGAGCUAGAAUUGAAUGGAAUGUCAUUUAAGCAGUUAGCCUCAUGUUGGUCACCACUCUUGUGAUUAUCUUUUGAGUGAUAAUUUUGGUGUAUUGGGAAAACAAAUCUGAGUAUAAGUAGGUUCCACAAUAACGAAGAUAGUGAUGUUUUUAGACAGUUAAAUGCAAUUCUGUGAGAUUAUUUUAAAAUCACAAUAAUUUGUAUUCAUCAUAGAGUUUAGGACUCAUUCCUUUCAUUUGAUAGUAUGAUUGUAUGUAUAGGAGUGUAACAACUCUGAAAUUUAGAGAAACUGAUUGCCCUUUAGGCAAAACUGUGGGAAAAAAAUGAGGAAAAAAAUUGGAGGAAAUCCCACAGUUGGGGAUUGAUUACUUCUAGUGUUCCAGGUCAAGUUUCCCUUACAUUUAGUUAAUCAAUAGAGUAAGAGAUCAACUUCUCUGUGAGCAUAAAGAGUUGUAUUGAAACAUUCCUAAUUUUUAUGUUCUGUUAUCCAAGCCACUUGGCGCACUAGAUUUUUGAAAUUAUGUUCAAGUCAAUGCCACUUGAGUGCCCUUCUCUUCUGUGGAGGGGACACUGGUAUGCAUGGUAUUAGCACAGAGAAAGGGAAAGGGGCUUCUUGGACUCAAGGCUCAUGGAAUAGUUACUCUUCAUGCCCUAUAUUUAACUUCUUUCCCAUUUCUUACCUGUAAAGUAGUCAAUGCAAGACAAAUGUUCAAAAAGCACUGGAGGAAGGUAAGUCCUAACCAACUAAUUUGCUCAAUCCACUGUUCUCUCACAUCCUGAUUCCUUUUUCCUGGUGAUAUCUGCAUAGUGUUCAAUUUUGUCUUUUGUAAAGUUGUCCUAGGCUUAGUGUGUGGUAGUACAGGCUUGAAGUUUCUGCUUUGAGUUCAUUGGGUGCUUUUGUAAGUUUGUGGUUGGUGAGUAAUAUUUUGAGACAUCUUUUUAUGCUCAUCUAGAAACAAGAGUAAAACACUAUUUAUUAUAAAUUAUGUGGGAACCAUACAUGUAUAUACCCUUCAAAUUUUCUGUGUACAGAGAAAGUAUGUGUACACAUUUCUAUGUAAAUAAAAUGAAUUUGCUAGAUCCAUUA